UAGAAUGAUGUUUUGAUGUUAUUUAAACCGAAAGUAGUCGCUCUUGAAUUUGCGUUUCGUUAUCCCUAAGUUAAAUGUACAUCUGUGGAAGUGUUUGCCGAGGAGAGAAAUGAAUCCGUAAAUUAUUUCAUGUUCGAAAAUCAAGAUCUUCACUUGUUGCUUUUUUUAAAGUGAUGUUUGCAAUCUUUUAAAGUUUGUGAAAAAGAUAUCAACAAACGCAUGCUAUAUUAAAGUAUUAGAAAUUAUAAUUAAUGUGUGAUACAUGGCUUUGAUAUUGUCACUUUUGAUUUUUAAAUUACAUUCGUCUCUAAUGAGUUAGCAUAAUGUUUCUAAAGUGUGAGUGUCGUAAGUUUUGCAAGAAAACUUCAUUUAGGUGAGCGAGCUUAAUGAAUUAUUGAAUAUUAUCAUGAGUUUCACCCAGGAGAAAUCGUUGAAAAACUUCUAGUUCAGGUUUCUUACAAAGUUUAAAAUGCAACAUCAUGAAGUUUUGAAAAAUAUUUGAAAUGUCCUUUCAUGGUGGUGGUGGGGCUUCCCUUCCCCACUCUCACAGCAGUCCCAGUGGCAUGUAUCCAAUUCCAUCGUCACCUGAAAACAGAAAUGUUGGUAAAAGGCUUCCAGUUCAAGUUCAUUUCCUUGAUGAUUCUUGUGCUUCUUUUAACAUUCAGUUUAAAGCCAUGGGGAGAGUGUUAUUUGAUCAAGUUUGCAAGAUGUUAAAUCUCUUAGAAACAGAUUAUUUUGGAUUGGAAUAUGUCGAUUGCACUGGUACAAAAUUUUGGUUAGAUUAUGAAAAACCUAUUUGUCGUCAAAUGGGCUUGUCAAUGAUUAAUCCAAUCAUGUGUUUUUGUGUGAAAUUUUAUACACCUGACCCUGCUCAAUUGGAAGAAGAAUAUACCAGGUAUUUAUUCAGUUUACAAAUCAAGCGAGAUUUAGCUCAAGGAAUUUUACUAUGCAAUGACAAUACCGCAGCAUUAAUGGCCUCUUACAUUGUGCAAGCUGAAUGUGGUGAUUUUGUAUCUGAAGACUAUCCUGAUCACACUUAUGUUGCAUCCUUUAUGUUUGUUCCUCAUCAAGAUGCUGAAUUUCAACAUAAAAUCAUGGAAAAUCAUAAGAAACACAUAGGGCAAUCACCUGCUGAAGCUGAUCUUAAUUUGUUAGAAACUUCUCGGAGAUGUGAGUUGUAUGGAAUUAAAAUGACACCUGCAAAAGACAGUGAAGGAGUUCCUUUAAAUCUAGCUGCUGCUCAUAUGGGUGUAUUAGUCUUCCAGAAUUUCACAAAAAUCAACACAUUUUCCUGGGCUAAAAUUAGAAAAAUAAGUUUUAAAAGAAGGAAGUUUUUAAUUAAGCUUCAUCCUGAGGGCUAUGGGUAUUAUAAAGACACUGUAGAAUUUGUUUUUGAAAGUCGAAAUGAAUGUAAAAACUUUUGGAAGAAAUGCAUUGAAAAUCAUGCUUUUUUUCGAUGUUCAGAAGUAAAGCGAUUACCACGGCAGAAAACUCGAAUUUUUAGUCGAGGCUCUUCUUUUAGGUACAGUGGCAGAACACAGAAACAAAUGGUAGAAUAUGUGAGAGAAAAUUAUGUGAAGCGUCAGCCGUUUCAAAGGUCUACCAGCUUGCGUGUCUCUAGUACAAAUCGUAGAGGCCUAGGCCUAGUUGGUGUAUCUCUUUCAGCACAACCCUUGCUACCUGUAAGUAGCAGCCAAUCUUGUGGUUCAGUUAUCCUUUCUCAUGAUCUAGAGAUGCCUCCAGCUUUUUUGACAAGGCCCACAUCAGCUUCACAACCUUCUUCUCCAAGAGUUAAUCAAGACUCAUCCAGAAUGAUGGCAAAUGGAAGUAUAUGUAUUGAUUCCAGAGGUUCCUACUCAGAGAGAAGAGAUCUUCCACCAGCUUUUGAAUCUCCACCUCCCUACCAAUCUCCAGCUAAAGACCUAUCCAGCCCUGUCAGUCAACCAAGAAGUAGCAGCAAUAUCCACAGUGAAACAACUUCCAUAUCUACCAGAUGUAUUUCCAGUGAUGAGGAAAUGAGUCGAUCUCCUACAUCUCCCUUACGCAGUCUUCGAGAACAAUGUAGCACUGCUCAUUCACCAAGGUCAGAAACAGAUACUGAAGUCAGAAGAAAAAGAAUUCCUGCUGAUAAGGCCUACUUUAUUUCUAAAGAACUUCUGAUGACUGAGCGAACUUAUAAAAAAGAUUUGGAACUCAUUAAUGUGUGGUUUCGAGAUGAAGUUAGCAAAGAAGAAAACAUGCCUACUCAAGCUUUAGCAGUUUUAUUUGGAGUUGUUGAUCCAUUAUAUGAGUUUCAUUGUUCAUUUCUCAGAGAACUUGAACAUAGACUUGCAACAUGGGAAGGAAGAACUGGUAUGCCUCUUCAGACUUUCAUUCAAGGACCUGGUGAUAUAUUUUUGAAAAAAGUACAAAUGACUGAGUUUUACACAAAUUAUAUUGAGAAGUUACCAUAUAUUCUUGAAAAGUUAAACAGUGCUUACUACUCAAAUACUCAUUUUGAACGAAUGUACUGUGAUUUUGAAAUGCAGAGGGUGUGUUACCUACCACUUACAUCAUUUUUACUUCGUCCCGCUCACCGAUUAUUACAUUACUCAAGUUUAAUGGAAAGACUUGUAGAACACUAUGGUGAUAAUCAUCCAGACUCCAAGAACUGCAAAACUGUAUUGGCUAAAUUGAAGCAAGUCACAAAUAUGCUCAUAAAGAAUAUUCAUUAUUCUGCUAAUUUUGUGAAACUAAUGGAGCUACAAAGAGAUUUGUUUGGAAUUGACAAUUUAACAGCUGGAAGAAGGGAGUUCUUACGAGAAGGAUGUCUUCAGAAAUUAUCUAAGAAAGGAUAUCAAAAUAGGAUGUUUUUUCUAUUUUCUGAUGUACUGCUCUAUGCAAAUAGAGGUCCAAUUAAUCAACAUCAAUUCAAAAUUCACGGGCAGCUACCAUUACAGGGUAUUGUGGUUGAGGAGACAGAAUCUAGAAUGGGAGUUCCCCAUUGUUUUACUAUUUAUGGAAACAAUCGAGCUUUAAUGGUUGCUGCUAGUUUAGAAACAGAAAAACAGAAAUGGUUGAUUGAUCUAAAUGAAACUAUACAAGGUUCAAAAGAAUCUCAUGAUGAUGCACUAUUCUAUUCUAGUCUUCGAUCUUGCAGUUCAUCAGAGGAUUUGUUACAGCAUUCUGAUAAUGUUCAGACAACUGAGGCUGUCUCUGCCACUGGUAGCUCAGGAAAGCCUUAUCAACAUUUUUCUAAUACUACUGUUCAUGUUUGUUGGCAUCGAAAUACUACUGUUGGUAAAGAAGACUAUACAAGAGCUUUAUUGAAUUAUCUUAGUGGAUAUCUGCUGAGAAAAUUUAAAAAUAGUAGUGGUUGGCAGAAACUAUGGGUAGUUUUUACAAAUUUUUGCCUUUUCUUCUAUAAGUCAUAUCAGGAUGAUUUUCCUUUAGCAAGUCUACCUUUAGUUGGUUAUACUAUUACCUUACCGUGCUCUCAAGAUAAUAUAAAUAAAGACAAUGUCUUCAAAUUACAGUUCAAAAACCAUGUCUACUUUUUUAGAGCUGAAAGUGACUAUACUUUUGAAAGGUGGGUAGAUGUUAUAAAAGGUGCAACACUACGGAGCUAAUUGUUGUUUUUGCCAAAAAUGAUCAAAUUCCUAUGCAACUUUCAUGUCAUCUGAAUUACAUUCAUGAUGUAACAUUUCUAUCUUCUUUUUUAUUCAUUUUUCAAAAGCAGAAAAAUUAUCAUUAUUAUUAUUAUUUACUAGCUAUUGCUUAUUUUCUUUGUCCAUGCAAUUUGCUAGAAUGAAAAAAGGAUGCAGAAAGCUUGAAAAUACCUUUGCAAGUAAAUUAGUGCAUGCUUCUUUUAUUAAUUGCUAUCCAAGUCAAUCAGCUAAUGUAUCACUUUGCUUUAAUGUAGCUUCAGGCUGAAAGAUAGUCUUUUUAUUAAUUUUAUAUUAUGAGUAUUUAAUAAAAAAUGUGUUAAUUUUUAUACGUUUAUAAGUUUUAUAUUUGUUUAUUAUAUACGAAUAUUAAUAUAAAUGCUAUUUACUGCAGAUAUAUGUAUGAAAAUAUCGAUCUGAUUAAUUUAUUUUACAUCUAUGCAUUUGUAUUUUAACUAUUAUAUGUUUUUAACUUGUAAGUGUAAAUGCACUUAUUUGUUUUUGUCUAAGAUUUUAUUUAAUUGUAUACAGUGUGUAUUCUUAUGUAUCUUAUGAUCAUCUGUAUGAAAACAAGAAUCUCUUACCUAAAUUGUUCCUCAAUAAAAGGUUUAUAUUUUUGCUA